AUGAGCCAAGACGGAAGUCCAACUGGUAUAGAAGUUUCAAAGUUUUUUGAAGUUAGACAAACUCAAUAUGGUAGAGCAUGUUUUGCCUCUCAAGAUAUACCCAAAGGGGUUGAAAUAUUAAUCUCAAAUUCACCAUUUGCCACUGUCAUCUUGCAUGAAUUCAGGAAAGAAGUCUGUUCAUCAUGUUUUGGUUAUGAAUACGGAAAGUAUUGUAAAGUUAAAUUGACAGAUCUUCCCGAAUUUAAAUCAAAUAAAAAGUUUAGAGGUGCUGGGUUAUGGUUUUGUUCAGAAAAAUGUAUGGAAGACUGGCUGAAAUUUGACAGUAAAGGUGAAUUAACACAAGCUUUUGAAACAUUUCUUGAAUUUUAUCAAACGAAAACAAAAUCACCAGCUCCGGAAACAACUGAAUUCAAUCCAAAAAUCACCACCGAAUAUAUUGAAUUAUAUUGGAAAGAUAUUGAAGACUGGGAAUCAAAGGCUUCAAAGAUGAAAAAAACUAAAUUGUUAGGAAAAUUACCAUAUCUCGAUGAAGAUGAAUAUACUGGUGCAAGAUUAAUAAUUCACGCACUUUAUAACAUAUACCAGAAUCAUGAAUCAUUAGAAACUUUUAAAGAACUUCAAACAAAUGAAUUGCAAAAAGUUGGUAGAUUCCCAGCACUAUUAAGAUCACAAGCUUCCAUAUACCAAGUUUUGAAAACUAUCUUACCAGAUUAUUUACAACCAUUUUUAACCAUUGAAACGAUUAGAUUAAUAUUUGGUAGAGAAUAUGGUAACUCAUUUGGAACUUGGCAAUUAGUUGAUGAUAAAUCAUCUGAAAAUAAGGAAUUCUUGGGUUACUCUCUUUUCCCAGAAGCAUCUUUCUUCAAUCAUUCAUGCAGUCCAAAUCUAAAGAAAUAUAGAAAAGUCAAUAGAAUGCAUUUCCAAACAACUGCUGAUAUUGCUAAAGGUGAACAAAUGUGUAUUGAUUAUUUCCACAUGUUAGAUGAAUCACUGAUGGUUAGACAAGAAGUUUUGAGUAAAAACUGGUUCUUUGAAUGUGCUUGUGAUAGAUGUGACGAAGAAUUCAGAUCCGAGAGUUAUCAAGUAAAGCCUCCUCCAAAGCAGAUUUACUAA